GGGAAAUCUGAUCCGGUCAUGGCACCCAGCAGAGAGGCGUGUGCAGUCGCCAUGGCCAUGGCGGCGCCGUUCAUCGCGAUCGCAAGCAACAUCGACGCCGGCAACCUGGAGAAGCGGCGCAGGACCUCCUCCGACAAGCUCCAGCGCACUGUCUCGGAUGUCUCCUACGAGCUCCACAACCACCACGGCCGCGGCAAGGAGGAGGAGCAGGCCGUCCUAGAGGCGGAGAUGAAGCAGCUCCACCCGGUCCCGGAGGUGGAGGACGCCAAGUGCGAGUGCUGUGGCAUGUCAGAGGAGUGCACGCCGGAGUACAUCCGCGGCGUGCGAGGCCGCUUCUCGGGGCGGUGGGUCUGCGGGCUGUGCGCGGAGGCCGUGACGGAGGAGGCCGAGAAGAGCGGCACCUCGCAGGAGGAGGCGCUCCGGACGCACAUGAGCGUGUGCAAGAGGUUUAACGGCUUUGGGAGAACGCAUCCGGUGCUAUUCCAGGCGGAGGCCAUGAGGGAGAUCCUCAGGAAGCGGUCCAAGCUCGGGCCUAGGUCCAGGUCCAGCAUUGACCCCCGAGAAAUCAGGGAAAGCGCUGCCAAGGCGAAGGCCAACGCUGCCGGCGGCGGCAUCGCGCGCAGCUCCAGCUGCAUGCCGUUCAUCACCGAUGAAUUCAGCGACCAGGUGUCGAUCAACUAG